UUUUUGUUUAAAGAAGACGUUUGUAAUUAGCGUUGAACCGUGAUCAAAUCUUUUGUCGAAUGAUAAUCUUUGUACCAAACUUUCCACUGAAAUUACAAUUAAAUCCGAUUAAUUAUUGAAAACAGUUCUUGAGUUAGGAAAAAAGUACAAAUAACAACAAAAAAGCUGUUUUCUUCUACUUCAAACCAAUACCAAAUGUACAUAAUUUUCAUGGCACACACUUAUACUUGAUUAUGGUCAUGAAAUAUACGAAGAACCUAUAACCUGUUUUUCUCUCACUUUGAAGUCCCAUGUUACCUUUGGUUACAGAACAUGAACAUAGUAAAUUGCCAUAGUACAUUUAAUACCAAACAAUUCUGGUCAUUCCCAACUAAUAAUAGACCCUACUUGGAAUAUAAAAUCAAACCAAGGGUCAAAGGUCAACCAUAUUAACUUCUCAAUUAUUAUAAACCCUAAGCGAAAACCGUACAAACGAAAGAUUACUAGCUCACUAUAAAAUCUUAGGAACCAACUCCUUUCCUCUCCACAAUAAACUAUCUUUCAAACCACUUCAAAGCAAUGGCAAAGCAAAUACUCUACGCCCUCUUUCUUUUCCUCUUAUCAACAACGAUGGAGCUCACUACGGCGUCCUACGCCGCAGCUGCAGGAACUUCCAAACGCGCAGUAAACUUCAUUCAAGCCUCUUGCAAAUCCACCACAUACCCAACCGUCUGCUUCAGCUCUCUCUCCGGCUACGCCAACUCCAUCCAAACAAGCCCUCAACGUCUAGCUGAAACCGCACUCACCGUGACUGUUAGCCAGGCCCAGUCCACGAAAGUCUUCGUCUCACGCUUGGCCCGUUUCAAGGGUCUCAAGAAACGAGAGGUUCAGGCCAUUAGGGACUGCAUCGAGGAGAUCAGUGACACGGUUGACCGUUUGACCAAGUCCGUCCAGGAAGUGAAGAUGUGUGGUCGUGCUAAGGGUCGUGACCAGUUUUGGUUCCACAUGAGCAAUGCUCAGACCUGGACCAGUGCAGCUUUGACGAAUGCAAUCACUUGCUCUGAUGGAUUCGCGCGUCGGAUCAUGGAUGGGCGGAUCAAGAACUCGGUCCGGGCACGGAUUGUGAAUUUGGGCAGAGGAACUAGCAACGCUUUAGCUUUGAUUAACGCCUUUGCGAAAAAGUACUAGUAGUUAAUACAUGUAACUUUCUUUAUUCUUAUAUGUAAUUUGAGCUACAAAUGUGUGGAAGCUUGAGGCAAUCUUGAAUCUUGAGUUAUUUCAUGCAAAUCCUAAGUUUUAAAGAAUUUACAACUUUCUAUA